ACAAACCACAGAGAGAGAGAGAGAGAGAGAGAGAGAGAGAUGCCCUUAAAUGCCCAACAAACAGGCAAAGAUGACCAACCAUGGCAAUGCUGCCUCUUUCCUCAAUUUUAUAGAUAGUCCUCCAAAACACACACACACACUCACAGUAUUUAUAUAGAGAUAGAGAGAGUGCUCUGUAUCUGUGGCCUUUGUGGUUGUGGAGGUGACCAAGGCCUAAUGUGUGUUCAGAGAGAGAGAGAGAGAGAGAGAGAGUUCUUGAGAGUCGGACUAGGAAGGAAAGAAGGAGUGGAGCGAGGAUUUGGGCGAGAAACUAGAUUCAGGAAAGUUUUCAAAUAGUUGUUUUAGAUUUGGAAUUCAAGUUUGAAUUUUGAGCAAUGGGUUUUGUUUUCUUCGUAUUUUUAUUCAUCUGAUCCAUCUCUCCGACAAACAAACAACUGGGUUUGAGAAAAAUCCGAUGCUCACAGAUCACCCUCUAUAUAUAUAUAUAUAUGUAUGUAUGUACACAAUCUUUGCUGAAUUAUGGUGGGCCUUCUCUUGUUUCCACAUAACUUGCCGAUCUUGACUCCAUGACCUGCGAGAUUUUGUGUAAUCUACAGAUGGCGAUGGGGGUUCCUCUUGACUUGGGUUCUCUUGAUCCCUCUAGAUUUUGCUUCUGGCUUCUCCUUCCCCACCAAAACCCUCAUAUUUUCUGUCUUUAGAUUUUGGGUAUCCCAAAAUUAUGCUGAUUUGUUGGAUGAUCAGUUUCUGUACGCAACCCAUUUGAUUAAUUGUCUGUAAGUAGAUAGCAGAGACCAGGAAUGGCUCAAGAAGAACAUACCCAGAGGUGUAGCAACAGUAGCAGUGGCGGUGGCUGCGGAGGUGGUGGUGGUGGUGGCAGUGGUGGUAGUAAUGGUGGUGGUAGCAGUUGUAGAUCUUCAAAAAAAUUGAAGCAAAAAAAAGUCCCACAAAGAGGACUAGGUGUUGCCCAGCUUGAGAAGAUCAGAUUGGAGGAACAACAAAAGAAAGAUGCUACUAUACAAGCAGUUCAAUGUGCUACCAAUUUUAGGCAUAACCCAUCACCCUCUUUGAUCCCUUUGCCUCCCCCAUCGCCAUCUGAUCUCGCUUCGCCGAAUUCGAUUUUUAGACCCAACUCUUCAAUCCCUAGCAUAGAUGUUCUGCAUCCAAAUUCUGUUCCAUUCUCAAAACCUUCAUCAAAUGGGAGUGGAGGGGAGAUGAUGGGGUGGCCGACGAUUCCGGGUCCAGGGGAGGGUAAUUGGCCUAAGUUGUGGAAUGGUGAUUGCAAUCUUGAAGGAGAGAAUCACCAUAGAUUUGCAUUUAUGUCAAAUUUGAAUUUACCCUAUGAAUCUAACCCCAUUUGUCCUCCCCAAAAUGUGAUGCAAAGGACACAGCAAUUUCAGCAGCAACCUUCUUCAUCAAUGGUGAAUGUCUCAUCAGAGACUUCAUCACUAUCUGUAAUGAGUUAUCAUCAGAUGGAGCCCCCUUCAAACCAAAGCUUUUAUGGCAACAAUUACAUACCACCUAUGUGGCCAGAGGAGGAGAAGAUGGUUGGCAUGAAGAGGCCAUAUCCCUUCUCUCUGGACAAUCCACCAGGGCCCUCUUUCCCCUGCAAAUUUCCUGCUACUUAUUUUCCUCCCAUUACCAGAUUCAAUGAUCAAUAUGUUUCUUGUGUCAAUGGAAGCACAGUUAAUGUUGAACCCAUCAACCCAAUUUUCAGAGAAUGCCCUUGGAGCUCAACUGUCUUGGCUGAGCUGAAUCCAAAGAAAGUUUCAAAAGAAAAUGGGGAUUUGAAUGGAGAUUUUCUCACAUUGGCCCCUCCUACAACAGCUCUGCUUCCACAUCCUAGUUCAAAGUACAAGCACCCUUCUGUGUAUCUGACCCAACAUGUCCAAGAAUUACCAGAAUUUGAAACUCUGACAUUUCAAGGAUGUGUCAGAAACCCAAUUCACCGGCCAGGGCCUAGUGGAUCUACCCAACAGCAGCCUCCUUUCUACAGCUUCUUUCCAUCGGCAAAGGCACAAAUUAGCCAAGCAACCACCACUGUUGGCAGCUGCAGUGGUGAAGUAGGAGAAAAUGUUGACCUAAAUCUCAAGUUAUAGAAGGUUUUUAUAGCCCAUUUCCUAUGAUGUUUUGGCAAGCCAAGUUGUAUUCCUCUCAGAACGGCUAAAGCCAGCACGGCCCAAGAUUUUUUUGAGUUCAGAUUAAACAUUAAAAUGAAGCCUUAUUUUAUAUAUUAAGCCUUAAAAAAAAUUGAGCUUUCGGCAAUAAAAAGUUCUGAGAUUUUCUUUGUA